CGCCUUCUUUUUCUCCCUCGCCAGGACAUCUGAUCCUUUCUUGUAUCUAUAUUCGCUUGUGGAUUUCUGUUCCUUUUUUCGCCUUCGAUUUCCGCCCUUUUCCCACACCAGAGUACAGGUUGGGUUGUUACGAUCCCAGUCAUUCGCUUUGUUUACUCCUUCAGGGUCCCCUCGUAUCAUAUCAGCCGAUCUGCAUGUUUCACCGUCCCACUCGUCUGGAAUAGCACUUGGACACCCGAUUUUCUUUCGGACAGAACCAUUCGUCAGCUCUGCAUUGAACACGAUACACCUCGUUAGAUCCAUCCAUCGAUCAUCAACGCUCGUUACUUGGACACACUCGCUCGGAGUACUAGGGAGAAUAUAGAACCGACCGUCGAUCAAAUUCUGAGAUCUCCAGGGGUUCAUCGAUCCCCCAUAUUAUUUUUCUUCCCCCAUCCAAACCGGACAGAAAGUCCUUUGGAUCUAGUCAACAUGCGUUCCAUCGCCAUUCUUCCUGUAUUAUACCUCCUGGUCUUGCUGGGCAUGGUCUCAGCUUGGCCAAGCCAUUACGGUGAAGUCGUGGCUCGAGCUGAUACAGAUACUGCUACCGCAGCCGAUCAAGCAACGACGGGUGCUGCCGCGACUUCUGAUAAGACCGCCACGAAGACCGAUUCCAGCGACUCCAAAAGCCCCGCUACCGAGACAAACAAAGAGACAGGCAAGGAGACGGGCACAGAGACUAGCAAGGAAACCGGGACAGCGACUGGCACAAAGACCGGGAAAGACAAAUCAACCAAGACGGAUAAAUCUUCGUCUACCUCGGUCGACCCUCGGGAUCCCGUCGGUGGUAUCUCGAUGCUCACCCCCUCCAACGGAGCCACCAGCUACUACAAGAUCGGAGACUAUGUGACCUUUCAAUGGAAGUACACGUCGCUUCAGGUGACCCCAUCUGCUGUCAAUGUUGUCGCAUCCUGCAGGAAGAAUAGUGAGACCUACACCCUCUCGAGCAACAUGAGCGUCUCGGAAACUGGCAAGGUCGUCUGGGACACCGGCAAAUAUCAGUCCAAUGCGACCGUCCCCUUGUUGACCGCAACUUAUACCUUGUAUGUCUACGAUGUGAAUGCCACCCUCGGAGACACGGCAUCUGCUGGACAUCUGGGCUCGCAGAUCGGGUACAACUUCGGAAUGUACACCCCGCAGGCAUACACCCCUCUUGACCACUACAUCUGUGCUACCUGCAACAGCGCCCUUACCAGCACCGAACGCAACGCGAUCAAGUUCGCUGUCGGCAUGGCCGCUAUCACCGUCGCUUCCUUCACCUGGUUCGUGAGCGGCACCGGUGUCUUCCACACGUAAUUCUUCAAAAGCCGCCCAUUGAUGAAGUCUUAUGUUACUAUUAUUGCGUUGCAUUGAGCUGAGCGAUUCUUACGAUAGCGAUCAUCAGCAGGCUGGACUGGCGUUUAUAUGUGAUUAAAUUGUGCAAUAUUGUUGGGAUGUGCCACCUUGAAUCUGGAUAUUUUUUCUUUUAAUUUGUUCAUUAGAGCAGCAGCGGGAUUGUUAUAAUUAAUAUUUCUUUACGAUAUUUAUUCGUCAUUGUUUAUAAUGAGAUGGUUGAGAGAUAAAUAGCUCAUAGUGCCUGAUAUAUAUGGUCUUUCAAAUAAGGUCCUCAAAAAAAAAAAAAGUCAAAAAAAGCAAACAAUCACGUUGCCUGAACAGCAUGAAUGUCUGAUUCUCCACCAACCACAUCUACCCAAUUCGAUUCCUGCAGGAUUAACCCCCGCAACUACUACAUUAUCCAAUAUCACUCGCUCUC